GCCGCAGACUUACUCAUUGCGAUUUGGUUUCGGUGAUCACGAUGGACCUCGGGUCUGAAUCAACUCUCCUCUGGUAUUCACGUCCUAUCUAAUAACCAUAAAUCCUUAUUUUAACCUGUAUUCUCCUAUAUACACACGCAUAAAUUGCUCUGUAGUGCAUGCAUACCUACCCUACCUACACUCUACCUAUCUAUCUGCCUGUUUGCUACAACCCCUCCACGCCAACGGCUCAAACAAACUGACAAACGCAACUCGACCAAUCGUUUUAACAACGUCUUCCUAAUUCUGACGUAUUCACCGACUCUCCCCAUAUACUUUCUUUUGAGCCUCUCUUCGUUCUUUGGAACCUUUUAUCAAUUGUCCCUUAUAAGAACAACCAAAACCAAGUGUGAUAUAUACAAGGAAAGCAUCCAUCAUGGCGUCUCCACCACUCAACACCGCUGUUCCCCGCAGCGACUCGCCAACAAGAUCCCCGCGAUCAGCUUCGAUAUCGUUGCAAGCAGCCGCAACCAUGAAUGCUGGACUUCAACACGAAUCUCCACGAAGAUCGUCAAGCAGCUCCAUCUCUCGAAACCAACACUCCCCAAAUACCGGUCGACGACGUUCCACUGUGCUCAUGAACCUCCAACUUAACGACCCUUCUGUGCCCUCGCCAGGCGAGAUGGUCAACGAACCCUCUGGCCUACGGACUGCGAGCCCACAACCUCUCUCUGGAUCUCCCUUCACGGGCGAUCCUCAUCAUCAUAGAGCACCCAGCCUGGGUGAGCUGCACCAAGAGCUUGAGGCAGAGCAAGAAGCUCAUGUGAACCGCCUCUUGCAGAUGAUCCGACAGCAGCAGCUCGAACUCCAGCGCCUUCAAGCUGCCAACCCCCAUAACCAGAACCAGAGCUCAGCUGUAGAGGAUAGCUCUGCCAUUUCUGAGCGAUCAGGUCACGGAACCCCUCACGCCUCCAGCCCUCAUGUCUCUGUUCCUCCUAUUCCAACCGGCGGGUCUGGUUCUCGAUCUAAUAGUUACCGUCACCCUCGAAGCUCGUUCGAUCUGGCCCGUGCCGACCUCCAACGACGAUCUCGGACCCCCAGUCGUAGUGGUGCCUCCCCACGACUCCGCGCAACUUCCAUAGGUGGAAAUAGCGAGGAUUGGGUCCUGGGUGGCCGCGAUGAAAGCGCAUUUUAUCAGGCUGAGACACAGAUGCUGGUUCGUGAGAACCAGAUGCUCCGUCACAGAGUACGAGAGCUAGGUAGGUUCCAUUAGCUUGUUUGGAUUGGAUUCUUGCUAACACAUACCCAGAGAAACAACUUACAGACCUCGGAACUGGGUCGCCGGCUCCUCAUGAGCCACCUCACCCCUCAAACCUGACAAGAUCUUCUACGACUGUAGAUAAGGAAGAGGACAAGUCUACCACUGAAGAAGCCAAGCCUUGAAGGCGCUGGCUCAUAUGUUAUCUGAUACUUAGAACACGAAGCACACUGAAUCUUAUGGCGUUGAUAAGCGAUCGAGACGGAAGUGAUGGGAGCCGGCUUUCUAGCGGCAAUUAAAACCAACGCAAAUCAUGGCGUUGUGGAUUCAGUCUAUGUAUAUUAUCACGAGUUGAUCACUCGAGAGGAAGAAUAAGGUCGCAUAUGAACUUAAUAUGAUGAAAAUUGAAUUUUCCCAAAGUUUCUCAAGCA